UUGUAUUUGACACAACCUGUCAAUAAUAAUGAUAACCAUUUCUUAAUACCAAGAUUAUUGGUAUCAAAAUUACUGUGAAUAUUAAAGUACAUUAAUGAACGAACACGUUAAGCCCACUACAUUCAAUGAUAAAAAUAUCACUCGCUGUAAUGAAGUAUUUAGUUCUGAAGAUGAUAUGCGGCAGUCGCUCUCACGGAUUUGUUACGGCGAUCUAUACGUGAUAGGAAGGCUAUGGAUUGAGGCAUUGAAAUCUGGACUUACUGGUUCCAAAAUCAAUCUUAUACCAGUAGUUCAUGCAGCAGCCAAGCAGCCUGAAAUACCCCAAAAGCCACCAAAGAUGAGCUAUAAAGAUCUGCCCAUAUACACAUGUCCACAUUAUAAAUACAAGGACUAUUUAGCACAGCAGGAAAAAUGCCCAGAAGCAAAACGUAAACUAAUACAUGAAUAUUUACUACCAUCUGUUAGAGAAUAUCGAAUCGAUGCCCAGAAAGGUCUGCGCAAUAUACGUGAUGGGUACAUUGUUGCUAAGGAUGAAAUCGCAAGAGAUAUUGAAAAUGCAACAAAUAGAAUCAAAACCUACUUCCGAGAUCCAGACAGAUUGUUACUAAGGCAAGCAGUUGUGUUAUUUGGGGGAUUGGCUGGACUUCGAUAUACAAGACACAGAGGAAUACCUGGACGUCUUUUUGGGACUACUUUGGGAGCAUUUUUUGCAGGAUCUCUAUGCUUUCCGAGGGAAUCUGAUGAACUUUUUAGAAAUAUGUUCUAUUACUCAGGAACUCUGUUGAUUAAAAUAUAUAAUAUCUACUGUAGUCAAAAUGUCUCAUUUAGACAGCGAGUGCCAUGUGCAGAUGAUGUGCCUGAUGUUCCUCCUGUUUUGCCUUUACAGUGCCCUAAAAAGAAAACAUGAUUUCCGAAAUUUGUGAUUAAGUUUACAUAUUUUUUUAUGAGAUCAAUUACCGUAUCAGUGGCAUUUUGUUCGCUUACCUUUUAUUUAUUUUUGCUUUUUAAUAAUUAUUUUUAUAGUUUUAAUAAAAUUUUCAUCAAUA